CUUUAAUAAUAAAUUAUUUAUAAUCCAUGUGCCUUUAAAUUUAUACGUAUAGAUAGCGCUAUCGUAUUAUCUGUGCAGCAGUGAUAUUAAGCUUAACCUAAAUGGGAAGUAGGCGAAGAACUAACUGACAGUCAUGGCAAGAUACUCUAGUGAAUCAGAUUCGGAUCAUAGUAACAGAUAUCGUCGGAGGCGUAGUAGGAGAUCUAGAUCAUCCAGCUCAGAUUCUAGUGAUUCAUCUCCCCAUAGACGAAGAUCUUCCAGACAUUCAAAAACAAAGCGUAGGCAUCGCUCGCAUUCGAGAAGCAGAGGGAGGGAUAGAGAUCAAAGCCAAAAAAGUUACAAAAGCUCUAGAAACAGUAAUUCAAAAGGGAGAGAGAGACAUAGAUAUCAUUCCAGAUCACGCUCCUCGGAUUGUUCCAAGAGAAAAGCUAGAUCAACUUCAAGAGAAAAGUCUGGAAGUCGUUCAAGUAGUUCACAAUCUAAUGUAAAAACUAUUGUGUCAGAGAAAACCAAAAAUAUUCUAAUAAAAGAUGACUUUCCAAUUGAACCUCGUUUUAAAGAAGGAGUGUUAGAAGAAAUCAAUUCUGAAGGUUUUACACCUAAACAGUUUUCAUCUAAUACGAAGGAAAAGAAGUUUAAGAACAUUGUUAUAGAUAUUAAUGCGGAUACUAUACAAGUUCCAGCAGUGGCUGAAGUUCCUUCUAGUUCCGAAAGUAUAUUUCAUUCGUCGAUAAUGAUCGACCAAGAAGCCAGAUUUGAUAAAUGGGUGAAAAAAUUGUACACACUUAGGCAAAAAGCGAUAACUGAUUUGAUACAUUCAAAUGUUACUUGAUAAUUGAAUAAUUUAAUUUUGCUAAAAUUUAUUAAAAUAUACUUUGUAUUUGAGUGUAUAAAAUGAAUUUUAAGAGCGAUUAAAAUAUUUUAUAAUUUUUGCUAUUUAUGAUUAUGCAUUCAGUUCAUUCUGAAUUGUAUGAAUACUUGAGUUUGUUGAUUCAAUAGCGCUAUUAAAUAUGAUGGAACAGAGAUCCCAAUAAUUAUAUUUAUAAUAUUUUCUUUGCAUAUUAAUAAAAAACGUUUAAUGUACUACAA